AAUCAGCAAAAUUAAUAUUGGAAAAGAAGGGAGUAGCUCGUAAAAAGUCCAAUAUUCGCAACAAAGAUUCAUUAGACAAUGAUAAUAAUGUUGAUAUUGGAGAAUUAUUGAUCGGUUUAGAUAAAGUUUCACAAGAAGAAGAGACACAAGAAUUUGAUCCUAUUGCGUCAGAAUAUAUGGACAUUGAACAUUACACGCUCAAAGAUAAAUAUUAUGAUAC